ACAUGAUCAUGUGGUCUAGGUGUUCAGACAGAGCAGAACAAUCGCGGAGCUCGAUGAGAGUUGCUGGGGGAGGAACUGCACAUUCCAUCCCUCCCCUGACGACUGGGAGGCUGCACAACCCGAAGGAAGCACACAUCUGCGGCGGCAUGGGGGUGCCUGGGCCCUACAGCGAGACCAGGAGCCAGCAGGAGGGGCCCGCUGCACCUAUUCGUCGGCUGGGCUAUGUGGUGGGAAAAGGGCUCGGCUGUGUAGAGGGCUCCCUGCCUGUCCGCCCGCCCUGCAUUUCUCACCUGCAGCAUCAGCAGCUCCCUCCAGUUUGUGCAAAGAAAGCGCCCUGGGGGCCUGGCUGCCAAGCGGAAGGGAUUGGGGAGCCCCAGGAUAUAGACACCUUCGUGUGGGAGAUGAUGCCUUUUGGUAUCUUCCUGUAUUGCUGCUGUCUGGGAAACAUACCGGCGGGGAUGCUCUACCUCUUCUCCUUAGGUUCAAGGAUAGUUUAACCAAGUAACUGAUGGGGAACAGAUGCUUCUAAACACACAACUUGAGUUGUCAAAAUAAAAGAAUGCUUACUAUGCGUCUUAAACAUUACUCAGCAAGAAGAGACAAUGAACAUUUUUUUCCAGGCAUUAUCAGACAAUACAACUUUUAAUUCAAUAUAAUUAUCAGACAAUACAAAAAUUAACAAAAUAACCAUUUUGAAUUUGACUGCAAUCGUAUAUAAAUUUUCCAGGCUGGGAGUAAGUUCCAUUGUACCAAAGCCCUGGGGGUGGUCCAGCUGCAGUGGUCACCAGCUUAUUUGGGGGUGACUGGGCCUUCUCUAUAGCUGCCCUAGUCCUUUGCAAUACACUCCAUGAGAGUGUAUUGCAAUAAGAGCUUCUCCAUCUUUAAAAAGUCUCCUUAAGAUACACAUGCUUUCUCAGGCUUUUUAAUUAAAAUAUUUAAUUUUUAAAAUUGUUUUGGUUCUGUAAAAGUUGUUUAAAUUUCUCCUUUUUUGUGGUGGUUGAAUUUUGAAUCAUGUACACUGCUGAAAGACACACUUAUCAGGCAGUCCAUAAAUAAAAAUAAACUCAGACUUCUGAA